GUCCGCCAUGGUACCGCGCUCAGAGCGCAUGCGCACAGCGUUCGCGGCUUCGAUGACGCCGUCGCGACAUCCCUCUACAAAUAAUGUAAACAUUUUAUAAACAUACUAUAAUUAUAUAAUAAUGAAAUCAAUGAAAUGAGAAUAUACUGUGUUAGAAAGAAAUUAAAAUGUCACUUGGCGCGCGUAAAUUUAUUCGAGUGACAAAAAUAUUACUAGCCGGUGUGACUGUUUUCUGUGUGAGUUGGAUAGCUAGUGUUAAUGAAUGGCAUUCAGGAGCGUCGUGGACUCGGACUAUUGUACAAGAAAACAUGUCCACGAUGCGAACAAUUGUUGGCUAUUCAGAAGCCAAACAAGCCGAACUUGACAAACCCUCGCCCGUGUCUUGCAAACGACUUCCGGCAUUCGCAAAGAUACCGCACAUCAACCGCACUUGGUAUCCGGGCUACCAGACGUCAUCAUGGCAGAGAGUGGAAGGCACGUCUGUGUCUUUAUAUUCAGCGUACUACGACGAGAGGCUUCCGCAAAAAUAUAUACGAAUUCUGGCCAUGUUCCGCAGUCAGAAUGUAACAGGUGACGAACAAUUAUUCUGUCAGACGCGAUCAGCAGAUUCGAACGAAGAUUCAGUUGAGGUGGUUGCAGCAAAACCUUUGGAGAUAUGGUGGAAGGAUUGGGACAAUUCAUCCGCAGAUGUAGACACUCCUCAACUCCUGUCGUGCCCCCUGACGGAACCUUUGCGAGGAAGAUUUGUUGUGUCCAUUGUAACACAGCCUUGCGAUGAUCCAUCCAAUGGUUUCUACUUUGAAGCUAGAGAAUUUAAUAAAUAUAAAAGAAAUUUUACAAUAUGCGUCAAAGACGUUAGUUUCCAAAAAGACAUAUCUUAUGAUCUGAUCGAAUGGAUUGAAACCAACAGACUUCUAGGCGUCGAUAUUAUUGAUAUUUAUAUAGAUAGUUUAAACGAAACGAACGAGAAGGUCUUGUUGAAUUAUCGCUCCCAAGGCUUCGUCCGUCUGUAUCAAGUUCCUAUAAAAUAUAAGUCCGACAGAUCUCUGUGGCAGAGAAGGCGUGAUCAUAUCAUAACAUAUAAUGACUGUCUGUAUCGUAACAUUAUUGAGUCCAAAUUCAUUGUUCCACUUGACAUGGAUGAAAUACUAUUACCAAAAAUAUCACAUACGUGGCCGAAACUUAUAAAAAGACUGACAUACCAAGGCUUCAAUGUCAAACAGCACUCAGCUGUGAUAGUGCGUAACGUUUUCUUCUUCGAUUUCUUUCAAAUGAAUAGAUAUAAGAAUAAUAAAAGCACAAGCCCAAGUGAAGCGUACGUCAAACGUGAUGACGUCAGAAUCGCUGAUACAGAAUAUAAACCAUCCGACAUAGAUAUUAAUAACGAUAGCAUUAAGAAUAAAAUAAAUAUAAAACACCCGGACAAAUAUAGGACUGAAUGCGGAGUGGAAUUUUACCUACCUAAAUUGACGAGUCACAUUGUUAGUUCAGCAUUUAUUAGCCCUAUAGGACGAUACAGCAAAAGCAUCAUGGUUACAAAAAGAGUGCUGACAGCAUUUAAUCAUUACCCUUUAGCCAGCAUCGGUUCGUCCGGCAUCCCGGGAUGGGCGGCGCCCUUUAAAGAAGUGCAACUCAAUCAUUACAAGGAAUCAUGCAAUUCAACUAUAGUGGAGGACUGCGACUUGUACUCCAGGGGAACGAAACUCGAUCGCUCGGCUUUGAGAUUAAGUGAAAAGCUCCUGGAAGCCCUAUCAUCAGCGUUCUGCUCAAAAUUAAACAUUAUAUAAGCAAAA